AUGAAGAGAGAAAGGCAUAAUCAUAACCAAGAGAAGAAUGAAGACAGGCUCAGUGUCUUACCCGAGUGUAUUCUACUUCACAUUCUCUCCUUUUUGGACCCUAAAGAGGCGGUCCAAACUUGUAUUCUCUCCAAAUCAUGGAAGAAUCUCUGGAAAUAUCUUCCCAUCCUUAAAUUAACUUUUAGACACUUUAAGAAGAAUCCCAAGGGUUUCACCAAAUUUGUGUCUCAGAUAUUGUCUCUUCGCAAUGACUCAACAGCACUUCACACACUUGAUUUUCACUGUCGGGGUAGACUGGAGCUUCACAUACUCGAAAGAAUUUUGAAAUAUGCUUUUUCACAUAAUGUCCAGCGAUUAGGAGUUGAUCUCUCUUGUAAUAUUCCCCAAUUUCCCCUUUCCUUCUUUUCGUGUCACACAUUAACGUCUCUUGACCUUCGUAUUCACUUUUUCACUCUUACAAAUUUAUUUCCUGAUUCUCUGGAUUUACCAGCAUUAACCAACCUGUCUCUACAAGGCUUUCUCUUUUGUGUCGGCGAUGAUGGUCGUGCCAAUCCCUUUUCGACAUUAAACAAGUUGAAUAGUUUGAUCAUUAACAGAUGUGCAUCAAAUUCUGCAGAUAAUCCUUUGCUUCUACUCGACUUGCUGGUCGAGCUUGCUAAUGUUGAAUCAUUGACAAUUUCUUCAUUCACUCUUGAGGUUCUCUCCUUAGUUCAUGAUUUAUCGAAGGUUGAGUUCAAUUUUUUGCAUAACUUGAAGUCACUUAAAGUAAAUACUUACCAACAAUCAAUACCUGAUGGAAUAUUGAACUUUUUGCUUCAAAAUGCUCCAUCAACAAAGCUGUCAUCAAAUAUUGCUGUGAAGAUCUUAACAUAUUGGAUGUGUUUCAUACAUAUGUUUUCUCAGAUCCUUGAAGUUACUUGUGUUUGA